ACCAUGCUGCCUUCUCACUGCGAAGACAUGCUGGCCUACGCCGCCGCCGCCGCCGGACGGCGCGCGGCGCUGAUCGACCCGCGUCGGUACCGGCCUAACGUGGAGGUGGCGCCCAGCUGCCCGCGCUGCGACUCGCCCAACACCAAGUUCUGCUACUACAACAACUACAGCCUCAGCCAGCCGCGCUACUUCUGCAAGGGCUGCCGCCGGUACUGGACCAAAGGCGGGUCCCUCCGGAACGUGCCCGUCGGCGGCGGGUGCCGCAAGAACCGGCGGGGCAAGCCGGUGCGGUCCACCACAGAAACCGUCUCGGCGAACCACGACGCAGCAGCGUUCUCUCCUCGGUUCCACGGCCCUGUGAUCCGGCCCGACCUGCUCCUCGAAGGCAUGACCGGCAGCCCGCCCGAGCCCGGCCACCAGCCCGCAUCGUCCGGCAACGAAAAGCCAGCUGGAGUCGCCGAUGGAUCGACGAUCGAUAUGUCGCUGCUCUACUCCAGGUUCUUGAGCCAUCAACCUCUCGGCGAGAAGUGCGCCGUCGUGCCGGAAUCGGUCGACACCUUGAGUGGGUCAUGCACAGAUGAAGUGAGCCCGCCGGCGCUGUCCGAUCCGAGCCAGCACGGGUUCGGCGAGCUCUGCGGGCCGGUAAGCUGCACAGAACCCAGCAGCGCAACCACCAUGCCGCAGUGCGCCGACGCCGCGCGCGCACAGGCGCUCAGCGAAUAUAACAACUUCAGCGUAGACCAGAGCUGCUACGACUCGCUCGGGCUGCCAACGGACGGCGGCGAUCUGGUCCUCCCCUCAACCUGGGGCCAGGAGGCCAAGUACGAGCCGUUCGACUCUCUCCCCGAGGACGCCAUGGGCCUCCACGCCGGCGACGAUGUCUGGAGCAAAGUGCUGGGCUGCCAGGGACUAGAAGCGGCUCUCUGCAGGCCAUGA